UGAACGUAAUGUGACAACAGCAGGUGAAGAGAUGACGGUGACUCCGUCGACUUCCGAUGUCGCUGACAAGGCAGUCUCGACGGACGACGGUGGCAGUGGAAUGGAGGUGGCACGUCUCGAAGCCGUCCUCGCUGCUCUGGUGGAAACGAAGGUGGAAGCAAUCAAAGCUUCCUCGGCAUUGAGCAAACGUUCCGGUAGCGCGCCAGCCAGUCCCCGUCGGCUCAGACUAACUUCCACUUCGACUGCCUCCUCCUCGCUGAAUCAUCAUCAACAUCGAAGGAAGAGUCAUCAUCAUCAUCAUCACCAUCACCACCACCAUCAUCAUCAUCAUCAUCGUCGUCGUAGGAGACACGAUUCAGCCCCGUGCGACGAGUUCAUGGGAGACAUCACGGAACACCAUCAUCAUAAUUCGCAUCAUGGUAAAGGAAGACGAAGAGCAUCCGAAAGCCCACGACGUCCAAGAAAGAAGCGCAAAUACUCAAAAAACCCGAACAUCAUUCAAGGUGUUGUCCAGGACGUUCAGGCUGGUCUUGAUUCACGUUUAGAGCUUUUCGGGAUGGAUGGUGAUCAAGAUCUCGCAUUGAUAAACUUUGAAAGGGCUCGUGAGACUCUCAGCGAUUCCUGCGAAUAUCCGCAGUUGCACCGAAGUGCCUGCUACUUUUCUCAAAGUACAGCUCAAUUAAAGAUCCAUUACGACGAUGAUGACUAUGUGGCGUUGAACAUAGCGGACGAGUUGGAAGAAGAGGAAACCUUGAGCGGUCCCGAGAAGAUCGCAGCACAUCGGGAGAAGUAUCAUCGACCCCGCAGAAAGCGGAAACGGAAACGGCGUAAAGUGGUCACUGCAGUUCCUCAAGAAGAGCUGGUUGAUCCUGAAGAACUUCCUCCACGUGCUCGAUGGACGAUCGUCGCGACCGCUUGCCUUCUUCUCGCAAUGUCUUUGCUCUUGGUCGGAGUCACCCUCAGGAUGGCACCAAUUAUCGACGAAAUGGUGCGCCGAGAGAAUGAGGAACUGUUGAAUUCUCUCAACAGAGUCCUCGUUACCGAAAACUCAACGACAUCUCCUUAAAGAAGGCGGUACCGGAAUUGAAGAAUGGUCUGUUUUGUCGCGUCCUUUGAAGCAGUUUAUCCGGAACGAAGAGGAAGAAAAGGAAGAAUAAGGUUGUAACAGGAAGAACAAGUAAAAAAGUAUCGGGAAGCUCGUUUCGAAGCGUCAGAUUGACGGCCGCUUUCGCGGAAAACGGCGAACUUUUAUUACGAUUGCAUUUCAUUCGACAAGUCUUAGGUGCAGCAGAGAAGAUAUCGAGUUUAAUUUGUCAAUGUCGUCAUGGUACACGGCUAAUUUGUCGACUCCGUCAAUAACACGAACUUCGAGGCAAGUCCGUGACAAAGUGGAGUCGAUGCUAUAGUUUUAUCCCCAUUGUUUCGAAGAUACGUCCAAGUUCUCUUUUUCAUUCAAUCACGUACCGUAGUUUUGACGGACCCUCGGCACGAGAUUAGUCGAACGGGAAAUCGCGUUGAAGGGGUUAGAAGAAAUAAAUAAAAAGGAGAAAUACGAUGAUAAAAUACACGUAAAGUUACCGGCGACGAUUGAACGUCGCUUUUGUUAGCUCGUUAUUGUUGUUGGUGCGACGAGUCGACGAUCAUGCGAGAAUAAAUUGUGUUACACAUUCGUUCGAUGCACGAAAAUUUGACCGCUACAGGCAGCGUAUACCGAUUUCUUAGCGGAUUUUAAUGCGGAAAAUCGGUCACAGCGCAUCGUAUGCCGACAACGAAACGUUUAAAAGAUGCUUGUAAAACUCGAUACGAAUCCUCGUUGGAAAAAAGUUAUGUACUUUGGAUCGAACUAGGGGACUUUACGAUCUUUGAUACACUGAUUUCAUUGAAAUCUUACAUGAUUGUACAGAACGACAAAAGUAAUAAUUUUGCAGAAACAUAAAACGCAAUUCUUUAAAAUGUAGAAGUUUUUGUUUGAAAUUCUUGCAAUUUUUAUUUAAAUAUCUUUGAAUAAUAUAAAAUCUACUUAGAAUAAUAUGAAAACUGGUUUAAUGAAUUAAGGUUUGCGAGAGCUCGCGGAAUUUUUUUUUUUCAUUUUAUUAAUUAAGAAAUAAGUGUUUUAAAAUUCUGUCGGGGAAGAUUGAAUGAAUAAAAUUCAUUUGAUUUUUCUGUUAACAGAAAGGAAAUUUAUUCUAAAAGUAAAAGAAUAAAGAGAAUUUUAUUUUAAUAAAUUGCGGACUAUAAUUUUGCAAAAUUAUUACUUAUGGUGUUCUUUAUAAUUCCCCGAAGUUUAAAUAAAAUUGAUAUACCAAAAGAC